AUGGCGCCGUCAAGCAACGCCCAGCGGGAAAUGGAGCUCAUGGACUGUUUCAAAAAUGUCCCGCAGUUCGAGGCCAUGAUGUCCACGUUGAGACUGGGGCAGAGGGCACAGAGUCAACUCCCCAAAGACCAAUACGAUCAAUACUUGCAGUUCGCUGCUAAGGCUGGCGCGUGUUUAUAUAGCGAGAGGGGAGGCAUUCCCUUUCCCUGGAAUCCUGAGGCCGAGGAGAUACAGAUGCAGGUGUCGAGAGCGUUCAGUGACUACCCAGAAGCAGUGUCAAAUUUUAGGCAAUUCGUCCGGUAUGGGCAUGAGGCACUAGCAAGGCAGUCGUCUUAG